UCACAUAUCAUCCACUCCUCCAUGCACGCAAAGAUUAAAGGCCCACCUCCCUCCCCUCUUCUCUCCCUCCCUCCACCACCCCCAUCUUCCCUGUACCUAUAGAGUGAGAAAGAGAAGAGAAGAGAAGAGAAGAGAAGAGAAGAGGAGAGAGAGAUGAAAGUUCCGUUUAUCUCAGCCCAAAGCCACCAAUCUUCUAACAAUAAACAACAAAACAGUAGUGCUCGGAACACAAGGUUUAACAGCUCAACGGCCGAUACCAACAACUUGUGUUACGAGCCUAAGUCGGUGCUAGACCUCCGCCGGAGCCAGAGCCCCAUUAGCUCAGUCGCCGUGGCCGAUAAGAAAGUCCCCAAGUCCGGUUUUUCGGAUGCUUUGUUACAGUCGGAGGACGGUUCUGUUCAGUGGGAAGACGACCAAAUACUGAACAACUUUGAGGAGUGGGACUCGUUGAUGAGAGAAUUGGGAUUGCACGACGACUCUUGUGCCCCUGCUUUGAAAUCAAUCGUUCCUCAAUUCGAUCAUUCCGAGACUCAAUUCCCAGUCCUCCUCCCUGACUUCCCACUUUCCCACUCCUUUGAUUCAACCCAUACCCAUUUCGGACUUUCUGAAGUCUCUUCCAAUCAAAAUCUGAACCAGAAUUUCAAUUCUUUUGAUCUCUGCAGCGAUUUUCAUCACAUGAACCACUGGAACAAUGAUGGGUUCAACUUCGUGGACGAGCUUAUUCGAGCUGCGGAUUGCUUUGAAUCCAAUGAAUUACAACUCGCGCACGUGAUAUUGGCGCGGCUCAACCAGAAACUCCAAUCUCCAGCUGGAAAACCGCUCCAGAGAGUUGCUUUCUACUUCAAAGAAGCUCUGCAGACUAUGCUUACUGGGUCGACUAGCCCAACUCGCCCUUCCGAUUCCUCGGAAGUCGUUCAAGCCAUCAAAGCUCACAAGAACUUCUCCAACGUCUCUCCGAUUGUCAUGUUCUCCAAUUUCACCGCCAAUCAAGCAAUCCUCGAAGCCCUAGACGGGUCGAAGUUCAUCCACGUCGUAGAUUUCGACAUCGGCUUCGGAGGCCAGUGGGCUUCGUUCAUGAAGGAAGUGGCUGACUCGGCCGAGUCUCGUAAAUCCAACACGCCGGUUCUUCGAAUCACUGCAAUUGUGCCUGAAGAGUACGCGGUCGAAUCGAGAUUGGUGAGAGAUAACCUGAACCACUUCGCUAGUGAGCUCAAAAUCGUAUUCGAAAUCGAUUUCGUUUCGAUUCGAACCUUCGAAAUCUUAUCCUUCGAAGCAAUCAAAUCCAUGGAAGGAGAGAAGACCGCUGUUGUGUUAUCUCCAAUUAUCUUUCAACGAAUGGGUGUCAAAUUUCUCAACGAUCUUCGCCAGAUUUCGCCGCACGUGGUUGUGAUCGUGGACGGUGAAGGGCUGACAUACGGUGGUGGUGCGCCGUCGUUCCGGCGGAGUGUGAUCGAGGGGCUCGAAUUUUACUCGACGGUUCUGGAAUCGGUGGAAGCGGCGAGUGUGGGCGGCGGAGGCGAGGAUUGGAUUCGGAGGAUUGAGAUGUUUAUGAUGCGGCCGAAGAUUUUUGCGGCGGUGGAGGCGGCGGGAAGGAGGGCGCCGCCGUGGAGGGAGGCGUUCGCCGCCGCGGGGUUGAGAGCGGUGGGGUUGAGCCAGUUUGCGGACUUUCAAGCUGAUUGUUUGCUGAGGAAAGCACAGCUCAGGGGAUUCCACGUGGCGAAGCAGCAAGCGGAGAUGGUGCUGUGCUGGCAAGACCGGCCCCUCGUUGCCACGUCGGCUUGGAGGUGUUAGCAAAUUUGCAAAUUAAUAAUAAUAAUAUAUUUUUUUCUUUUUUUUCUUUUAAAUUUUAGUUUCAGUUGGUGUUGUCCUUCAUAUGGACUUUUGAAUUUUGAUGAAACUCUAAUAUGAUGAAAUCAAGUGACCUUAAUUAUCUUA